GGCCUGCCUUCGAGUCUGGCACUCUGGUUGAGUCCGAGACUCUCACUACAUCCUCUGCACCCGUGCCCGUUCUCACCCAAUGGCCAAUGUAAUGAAUCCCGACAUACCCUCUCAUUAGGCGGCACAUAACUCAAAUUACUCUAUCUGGGGUACACUUUCGGAUCGGACAUGUGUGCGGGACCGGUCCCGUGGGAAACACACACGCACACCCCAAGAUGCGUGAGCGUGAUCUGGCGUCCGGAAGCAGCGUCGGGCGGUCGGCCAUCUGCGGAACCACGCGCGCACGUUUUCCACGCAGAACUUGGCAACGAUGCCUUGUGCUGCAUAUAAGUAGGGUGAAUUCCCAGCCGUCCGUGUGUAUCGCCUGUCCAGUGAAGCAAGCUCUUCUCCCCCCCUUACCCCCACUCUCCUUCGUGUGUAUUGCGAGUCGCGUGGAGCAAGCUAGCUCUUUCCUCCUCGACCGCCAUGAGUUCAGCCGAUGCUCUGGGUGCGGAGCAGGCGCUGCUUCUCCAGCUGCUCAAAGACUCGACACUGACCAACGAGCUCGCUGUCGCUGCACUGAGCAUUGUCGUAGUCGAGCACAUCGCCACGCUCAGGGACGAGGUCGGUGGAGUAUUGAAUUCAUCGCGAUCCCGCUCGCUUAGUUCGCUCCCCCAGAUCGACCUUGUUUGGAGGACACGGAUCAGCCUCGCAAAUGUUUUCUAUAUUUGGGUCCGCCAGUUUCUCUCUCUCACGGUCACCAGUCUGACGGACAGUUCCAAGAUCCGAUAUUUCACGCUCGGGGUGAUCUGUUUCUCUGUCUACAGUCUUAUUAUCAACAUGCACAUUGAUUGUCGUGUCGGCGGACUUCAUCCUGGCGCUGCGAGUGUGGAUUCUGUUCCACCGGUCCAGGACACUGCUGUACUUUCUCGUUCCCCUCUUGAUGGAGCCUUCCCUCCGAAUGAGCUUCAUCUUGCGGCUGCUGACAAGGAGAUCAAAAUAAGGCUGGUGACCGUCUACGUGCACGCACCCGGAUUGACUGGAUGCUAUUCACAAGGCAAGUACGUUCCGAGGCUGCUCACCUACUACGCCGUCCCCCCGUUCUUGAUGGCCACGACCAUGUUCGCUAUGACGCUCCAUAGGUGUCGGUUAUCGCUCGUGACGUCCCGGGCCUUCGGCCGUGGUCCCAUCAUCGCCAUGUUCCUGCGCGACGGCGUGUUUUGGUUCUUGGGUGUCGUCCUGCUUGCGACUGCGGAGAUUGUCAUUUGGCACACAGCGCGGCCGACGCUCGCCCAGCUCCCCAUUCUGCAAGUCCAUCUCCCCCGCUUCCGUAAACUAACCAGCAGCUGACAAAACCCCUGGCUCGCUUACAGCCCCGCGACAUCAUUGAUCGCUAUGAUCGGUGCCCGCGUCGUCUUGAACAUCAAGCAAAUAGCUGCAAAUCGCGGGUCGGGGAUCGAGCCGCGCGCAUUGUCCAGCUUUCCCGUGGUCACCCCGUCCAUUGCGAUCCGUGCGUACACGACGAGCCAUGUGUAUUAUGAGGAGGAGGAAGUGUAUGCACGCCAGGAUGUGGAGAUGUGAUUCAGGGACUCGGGACCCAGGGACUACUUGUAUUUUGGUUGAUUUCAAAAGUGUAUGUAGAUAUAUCGAGACAAUGUUCAGCAAUCUUUGUAUAGUAUAGACUGGCA